AUGAAGCCCCAUCGCGCUCACAGAUUCCUCCGAAAGGUAUUGGAAUUCUUCCAUUUAUCUACUCCUUCAUCCAAGCGUACGGUCAAAUCUCGCAGCAAUGCUAAGCUGUGGUGUGUUGCUACCACUACACCUACUCUUCACAGUAUUUCUGCUGCCAGAGGAUGUGACCAUGCCGAGGUGAAUGUUCAAGUUGAUGAUCCUCCUCAGUAUAGUAGCUUUGGCAGUGGCGCCCUCGAAAAGCCAGCUUCGACCCGCAGCCAACUGGAGUGUCGCAUUGUGAAACUCUGGAAGAAAGUGUGGCUGGGUCUUUAUCAAAUUGAUGACAAUGAAGAUCUAUACCAUGUCGAGCGACUCGAGGCACUUUCUCUUGGGGCUGGCCUAACUCGUACGUAUCGAGUUGGUGAGCUUCAAGUUCUCAUGCGUCAUUUUCUUCGAAGUGAGACCAACAACGGCAUUGCUUCAAUGAAGCUUUUCCACGGUCUGUCUCUUUCAACCCUCCUAGCUGUGACCCAUAUUCUGGAGGCUUAUGAAAUUGAAAUUGACAACAUGAGGCUACUCUGUUCCAUUUUACGAAGUGGCCAGCUUGCACUGCAUGAGACUGCCGACCUUGCUCAAACUGCUGUUGUCAGGACCGAGUACAUGGCAAUUGCCGAGCCAAUGGAGAAGCGGAUCAGACAUUAUGAUAUUCGAAUGAAUGUAUUGAAUAUGGAAAUUUGUGAUGAGGCAAGGGGUUUCUAUGAGCGACAAAAGGGGGAAUAUAUUUACCACAAGGCAUUCCCAAAUGCGUGGUAA